GAACGCUACGGCGAUCUGAUGUCUAAGAUAACCACGAAUAUUUCCUAGACUGAGUCGUCGACAAGAUCCUGACCUCUGCGAUAUUACGAUGGGACUACUUCUUUAUGUUUUAGUGGCCCUCCUAUUUCUGAUUUAUGGAUAUUCUGACGUUUCUGGAAACUCUUCAGAAUAUCCCGGAAGUGCCGUUAUGGUGUAUUGGAGACCAUGUUCUGCCUCUGUGAUGACUAUCUACAGCAGAAAAGUACCCUCAGAAGGCGACAAAUCAGAUUGGAACGCUGUAAACGUAUCGGAACAUGAACGAAGUUAUGCUCUUAACCUUAGUUGUGGCACGGAGUAUGAAAUAGAUGCCAAAGCUUGGAACUCGGCGCCAUUAGAUCACAGCAACUCUCAGAAAGUGAAAACACCUGGAGACGAACCAUUAGCUCCGGUCAUAGUAAACAAAGAAGUACACUUGGCAUCUAGGUGUGAUGUGAACCUGAAGUGGAGUUCCCCAGACGACAAUGGCUGCCCAUUGACAAUGUACACGAUCUACUACAGAGAUCCUCAAUCUUCAAGUCAAGAUUAUAGAAUCAAUGUUACCGGGGAUACUACUUCGAGGGAUCUCCCACCGCUAAAGUGCAACACUGACUACAUCUUUAAAGUGACUGCUUGGAACGAAUUGGGAGAAAGCGUUCCCUCUGAUGAAUGGCGAAUGAAAACAGGGACUUUGACGGAUAAUUUCUUAGCAAGAACACUCAGCAUUGCUUUACCGUCAGCUUGCGGGCUCCUGGUUCUCUCUACUUUUGGAAUUGUUUGUUGGAAAAGGAGAAACAGAAAAACGAGGAAAAGCCGAGGCCAUAAGUCCAGGUGGUCAAAAUCCGACAUUGUUCCUCUCCUUCGUAAUGAGAUUCGACCCGAGCGGGUACUGUUUAUGGAGGAACUGGGUCGAGGCGCUUUUGGCAAAGUCUAUAAAGGCACUCUUAAAGAAAUAGCAAAAGUUGAGGUGUUUUUCAAACCUCGAGAAGAAAGAGUAGUGGAACUUCGCGAAGGAAGAACAGUCGCAAUUAAAGUCCUUCUCGAAAAUGCUAGUGACGAAGGAAAGGAACUGUUUAAGAAAGAAAUUGAGUUUAUGAGCCGCGUUGGUUUUCACCGGAAUAUUCUCAACAUGAUUGGCUACUGGACGAGGUCAGAACCCAUCAUGCUCCUCUUGGAAUAUGUUCCACAUGGAGAUCUUCUUCAAUGGCUAAGAAAAAGAAGCAGACAGAUCAAAUGCAAGAACGGCAUAGAUGGAGUCAUUCGUGAAUCCGUGACAUUUUUUUUUGUCAGCCCAAAAAUGUCAGAGAAGGACAAUGACAAUACCAAGAAAGCCAUUAAGAUAGAGAAGAGAGCCGCAAAUGACCAAGGAUUAAUCAGCUCUUCGCAAAUAGCCCUAUCGGUGAACGAGGAACAAUCCACUAAAGGGGAGAACGAUCAAGUAAUUUCACAAAUGCCAUGCAUAUGCGGGACGAACAUGGCUUCCAAAGGUGUUGAUAGGGCUCAGUCAACAACACUUCAAGCUGUUACAGCGCAGCCUCAAGUUGUUAAUACUUCUGGAAAAGCUUUAGAAAGUGGCAGAUGUGAUCAAGCAGAAAUUACAGAAGAGAAAGAAAACGAUGAAAUCGCAAUCUCGUCCACAGCUGGUGGAGUUAGUCACAACACAACAAAUCUUCCUGGUGGAAUUUGUCACGAAAGUACAACUAAACACGAUUCGAACAGUGAGAACGCCGCAGAAUAUAACGAAGGCAAGGAAGGAAAAGUGAAAGAUGAAAUCACAUCAAACACUGAUGAAAAAAAAAAUUCAACACGAAAUCGAACUGCGCGAAGUUUGCCAAAGCCACCGCAAGAAAGAAAAACACAAAAGUCAAGGGAACAGCAAGGACUUGACAAUGCCGUUGACUUCUCCGUUGACAAUGUUCUUUGUUUUGCAUGGCAAAUAGCAAAAGGAAUGGCAUACUUGGCCAACAAAGGAUUUGUCCAUCGUGAUCUGGCCGCACGUAAUAUUCUUCUUGGUGAAGACAGAGUUGUGAAGAUUGCUGAUUUUGGCCUGUUACGUCACACUUAUGGCGACAUUUACGAAGUCAAGAACACUACAAAACUGCCUGUUAAAUGGAUGGCGCUGGAGUCGUUACAUAAUGGCACCUACACUUCUAAGAGUGACGUGUGGUCUUUCGGUGUACUUCUUUGGGAACUGUGCACAAUGGGUGGCAUUCCGUAUCCUGGAAUCAGUAACAGAGAUUUGUACAAUAACCUGAGAACAGGAUAUCGAAUGAGCAAGCCAGACAUAUGUUCUGACGACCUGUACGAGCUAAUGCUUUACUGUUGGAAGGAGGACCCAAAUGAGAGGCCAUCAUUCGAUCAGCUGCUGUCGAGAAUAGAGACCAUGAUGACAAAAGAGACUCCCUACUUGGAUUUAGAAGAGGAUGGUGAAGCUGAUCCCUCCUAAAGUGCAACAAAAUCCGAAAAAGAUAGUUGAAUAUUAUACAUGAUUAAAAUUUGAAUGAACAGAUGAAGAUUUUACUAGGAAAUUUGAUUCGUUAAUUAUAUCUUUGUUUAAGAAUUUUGGUUAUUUGAAAUCUGAGUAUUAUAAAAAGUAAAAAGUUAAGAUUGUACAAAGUAAUCGUUUUUGUGGAGGCAGGAAAAAAGGAAUUAGAUAACUUGCAAUGAACAAGUAUAGGCUCAAGUCAAUAGCUCUUAUUCCAGUUCUGAGUGCGUGGUUUAGUUGGAAGCGAUUCUUUGCAAAGCGGUCAACUCACGGGCUUGUCAGCGGGCUCCUUAAGCCACGCGGCCGUCUAAUUCCUUCACGUGCGAAAUUUGUUUUGAUUUUCUACAACGGUUAAAAAGGUAACAUUGUAUAACAUGGAUACGCUCUAUUCUUUUGCAUGUUUUGAUUUUGCUUUGGUGAAGCCCGUUCUAGAAUGCGAGGAACCUUAAAAAACAAACCAGAGUUUAGGUGCGAAAUGUCUUCGUCGGGAAGUGUAAGUUACGGUUCAGAGUCAAGCUUUGAUAAAAACAGUACAAACACCUCCACCAAGCUCACUUACUGUCACUUUAGAAGUAGGGUUCGUUGGUAACUUGUCAAACCCUUAAUCUACCUCGACCUGUCAUUAAAGCGUGGGAUAGAUUCA